AUGGCCGAAGAGGCAAAGCGCCAAAAUGCUCUAGAGGUCUCAAAGCAUAGAGAAGAACGCGCUCAACAGGCGGCCGAGGAACGCGACCAAAUGCUUCAAAAGACGAAAGAAUUGGCCUCUGCUACGGAACAGUUGAGAGAGGAGAUUCGUCGUGCUUUCCAGUUAGAUUCCUUUGAUAAGGUGGCUCAACGGGCACAAUUAAUCAACGAUCUUGGACUGGGGAAUGAUGUCUAA